UCCUUAUCAGAAAGCCUAACUCACAGUUUUAACAGAGUCCUUCGUCCUUUACAUGAAACAUUAUAUUCAAGAAGAACAAAAACGCAUUUCAGAGUGCCCAAAGGGUUAAAGACCAAAGCUUAUAUUCCCCAGGCAGCAUCAAACCAAGAUUGCCACACUACUGUCCACCACAGGACAGCAGCGCCUAUAGAGGUGGCAAGGGUCCUAAGAUCUGUUGCGAUGGCUUUAGUCUUUAGAGUAGCAAUGCAAUUCGUUGGGAUUUUGCUAUCUCUGCUGGGAUGGGUUUUAUCCAUUAUUACAACUUAUUUGCCACAUUGGAAAAACCUCAACCUGGACUUAAAUGAAAUGGAAAACUGGACCGUGGGACUCUGGCAGACCUGCGUCACCCAAGAGGAAGUGGGGAUGCAAUGCAAGGACUUUGAUUCUUUCCUGGCUUUGCCUGCUGAGCUCAGGAUCUCCAGGAUUUUAAUGUUCCUCUCAAACGGCCUGGGAUUCCUGGGCCUGCUGGUCUCGGGGUUUGGCCUGGACUGCUUGAGAAUUGGAGAGAGACAGCAGGAUGUCAAGAAGCGGCUGUUAAUCCUGGGAGGAAUUCUGUUCUGGGCAGCAGGAGUCACAGCCCUUGCUCCUGUCUCUUGGGUCGCCCACAGGACAGUCCAGGAGUUCUGGGAUGAGACCAUCCCCGAGAUUGUGCCCAGGUGGGAGUUUGGGGAGGCCCUCUUUAUCGGCUGGUUUGCUGGAUUUUCUCUCCUGCUCGGAGGGUGUCUGCUAAACUGGGCCGCCUGCGGGACCCAGGUUCCCCUGGCUUCUGGCCACUAUGCAGUGGCAGAAAUGCAAACUCAGUGUUCAUACCUGGAAAAUGGAACUGCCAAUCCUUCAGUGUAAGACUGUGAUGAGACCAGA